UUUUUCGAUUCGAGUACUGUUAGCUCAGAUUUAGCCACAUUAGCUUUUUACACAGCUGUUUUCAUUUUGGACUUGAAAUUCAUUUCACCUUUUGAAUAUAAAUCAUACAUUUCUUGGGCUGUUAAAGAGGCUUUGUGCAGCUGAUAUACUUGGAUAUUAGCGAUGUCCAGUCGCCUUUCUUUGAACUCACAGCUCUCCUCCAUCAUGGAGACAAUGGCAAGGUCUGCCCUGUUGGAGGUUUGCAAACUGGUGGAUCAAGACUCGGCUGGGCUUCGGUCAGAGUUAUGUCAGCUUCAAGCUGCUAAUUCAGCCCUGGCGGAGAAAGUGACGAGCCUGGAGUGUGAGCUGACGAUUGUGAGGAGCGAUUCCCGGAAGAUGGGUAAAAGUUCUCGCAGUAUAGGAAUACAAACUGUUUGCUACACCGACGGUGAGCCUAACGCGUCUGCAUCGCCGACGAUAGAGGCGAUCUUUGGAAAAGAUUGGUGUAUCAAUCUUUGGAAAGACAGAGACCCAAACAGUUCUGACAGACUCAUCACAGAAUCACAAAAGAUUAUUGAUAAGUCUGUGACCCCACCUUCUGACCAAGCUACUGUGACUGACAUCAAAGAGAAAGAUUGUGUGGAGGAUGCUGCCAGCAGCUGCCAGCAUGAAACAGUCAGUAAGAAAGAUUGUGGAGAAAGCAUGGUUGGAGAACCAGAGCAAUCAUCAGUUGGCUACUCAGGAGUCAGCAGCUCAUCCAGCCUGUCGUUUGAUCAAGAUGGAGAGAAGGAUGUGUCCGAGGAACACUGCUUGCAACUGGUGUCCAUUGAUAAUGCAGAAGAGUCCCUCAGCGCUCAUGUCAUUUCAAUUGAUGAGAACAAUGAUGACGAUGAUGAUGUACAGUUCAUUCACGAGAGUCAGCAGGAGCCAAGGAUGAAUGCUGUAGGCGGGUCCAUCUACAAGCAACAGAAUUCUGAAAACAGUGCUUUUAACAAAGGUUUACCUUUUGACCUAAACAUGAUAAAUUUUGAAACUGUAAGAGAUCCAAACCAAGACAAAUUCACAUGUGGAAUAUGUAACAAGACCUUCUUUCACAAGAGCACUCUAACUCUUCAUAUUAAGACACACAAUGAAAACUUUUGCAGCAUUUGUAGGCAGUUUUUCCCUCACAUAUCUGACUAUAACACACACACCUGCGUGCCACUGUAUUCUUCCAAGACUCUGUCAUGUGAGCUGUGUGGUAAGGCCUUCGCAAACCCAUCGGCUCUGAGGAUUCACUCUGUUGUCCACACUGGAGAGAAACCCUUCAGGUGCAGCUUCUGUGGGAAAGGGUUCACCCAGAAAGGCAAUCUUAACUGUCACCUACGUAUUCAUACUGGAGAGAGACCUUUCUGCUGUGUAAAAUGUGGAAAGUCUUUCACACAAAAGGUCAACCUUAAACAUCAUAUGAUGUCACACAGAAAAAGUGAGGAAAUUAGAAGAUCUGAAAUUGGGCUGCCAAAAAGCCUAGCGGUUAUGUCACACGCCCCAUGUCCAGAUAAUACAGGCCUGGAAAUGGGUGGCCUGGGUUCAAGUCUCACCCUCGGAACUUUACCGCAUGUCAUCCCUCACUCUCUUGUUUCAGAUUCUAUCAACUCUUCCUCUUCAAUAAAGGCAUAA